ACUGAUAAAGCUCCGUUCUUAUUUAUUUCCCUUUUUUAACCUGUGCGUAAUGUACGUGGAAUGAAGACAGAGGAUGGAUAUAAUUUGGGAAAUAUUCAUCAUUCUUCAAGCCAAUUUUAUUGUCUGCAUAUCAGCGCAGCCGAAUCCGCCGAAAAUUCACGAGGGAUGGUGGGCGUACAAGGAGGUGGUGCAGGGGAGCUUUGUUCCAGUGCCGUCAUUCUGGGGGCUGGUAAACUCGGCCUGGAACCUGUGCUCGGUGGGGAAGAGGCAGUCGCCAGUCAACAUCGAGACCAGCCACAUGAUCUUUGACCCUUUCCUCACGCCCAUAAAGCUGAACACAGGCGGACGCAAGGUGGGAGGGACGAUGUACAACACCGGCCGCCACGUGUCUCUGCGACUGGACAAGGAGCAUCUGGUUAACAUUUCCGGGGGGCCGAUGACGUACAGCCAUCGUCUGGAGGAGAUCCGGCUACACUUUGGCAGCGAGGACGGCCAGGGCUCCGAACACCUGCUGAACGGACAGGCCUUCUCUGGAGAGGUUCAGCUGAUCCACUACAACCAUGAGCUGUACACAAAUUAUACAGAAGCUGCUAAAAGCCCCAAUGGACUGGUCAUAGUGUCCAUAUUCAUGAAGAUUGCUGAGACAUCAAACUCAUUCCUGAAUCGAAUGCUGAACAGAGACACCAUCACAAGAAUAACAUAUAAAAAUGACGCGUAUCUACUGACCGGCCUGAACAUCGAGGAGAUUUACCCGGAGACAAGUAGUUUUAUCACAUAUGAUGGAUCCAUGACCAUCCCCCCGUGCUUUGAGACAGCCACAUGGAUACUGAUGAACAAGCCUGUGUACCUCACGCGCAUGCAGAUGCACUCCUUGCGGCUGCUGAGCCAGAAUCAGCCGUCUCAGAUCUUCUUGAGCAUGAGCGACAACGUCCGCCCAGUCCAGCCGCUGAACAACCGCUGCAUCCGCACCAAUAUCAACUUCAGCAUGCAGGGCAAGGACUGCCCCAACAACAGGGCUCAGAAGCUCCAGUACCGAGUGAACGAGUGGUUGCUAAAGUAG